AUGGAGAAUAGUUUAUCCAAAGGUAAAAACUCUACAAUAUUGCCAAGUUACCAAUAUUGUCAACCUGUUUGUGGCCAAACAACUGCAACAGAUGGAAAUAAAGAUACAUGCACAAAUACUGAAGCCAUUGGACCUAGUUCAAAAAGUAAAACAACAUCAUUCUCUGUAGAUCUUGGAGGAACUCGCAGUAUUUACAGCAUUAGUAUACUUUAUAAAGAGUAUACAGUAUAUUUAUUGAGACAACGAGGUCGUUUUGCUGGAUUUUCUCUUUAUAUAUCCGAUACUCCCAAGAAAGAGGACGGUCAUCUUUGUUACAAGAACAUACUUCCAUUACCUCCCUUGGAGUUUAGUACAACGUGUAUUGGAUAUAGUCGUUACGUCAUCUUUUACAAUGAAAGACUGGACGGAGUUACCUACCCUGAGGGAUACGAGACUCAAAUAUAUACACAGUUAUGUGAAGUCGAUAUAAAAGGAUGUUCCGAUACAGGAGUUUAUGGAAGUAGUUGUAAUUUACCCUGUCCGAAAAAUUGCAAUGAACAUAAAUGUAACAUUGUUAAUGGAACUUGCUUGGGAUGUAUUCCUGGAUGGACUGGAGAUAUGUGUACAGAAACUUGUGUAGGUGGAUUUUACGGCCCAGACUGUAUCAGUUACUGCAGUGGUCACUGUCUUAAUAACACCCACUGUAGCAGAGAAACUGGUCAUUGUGACAACGGUUGUAGUCCGGGAUAUAUAGAAAAGUUUUGUAGUAAACAUAGUUUAUCCAAAGAUCAAACAUCUUCAAUAUUACCAAUUUACCACCUAUGUAACCCUCCAUGUGGACCAACAACUGCAACAGAUGGAAAUAAAGAUACAUGCACAAAUACUGAUGCCAUUGGUCAGAACUCCCAAAGUGAAACAACAUCAUUGUCUGUAGAUCUUAAUGGAACUCGCAGUAUUUACAGCAUCAGUAUACAAUUUAAAGAUUACAAUAGAUACAUAAUGAGACAAAGAGGUCGUUUUGCUGGAUUUUCCCUUUAUAUAUCCGAUACUCCCAAGAAAGAAGACGGCCACCUUUGCUACAAGAACACACUUCCAUUACCUCCCUUGGAGUUUAAUACAACGUGUAUUGUAUAUGGUCGUUACGUCAUCUAUUACAAUGAAAGACUGGACGGAGUUACCUACCCUGAUGGAUACAAAUAUCAAAUAUAUACACAGUUAUGUGAAGUUGAAGUUAGAGGAUGUGCCAAGGCAGGGGUUUAUGGAAGUAAUUGUAAUAUACCUUGUCCGGAAAAUUGUCAAGAAAAUAAAUGUGAUAUUUUGAAUGGAACGUGUCAGGGGUGUUCUCCCGGAUGGACAGGAAAGAUGUGUCAUUUAAAAUGUCCAUUGGGAUUUUAUGGCCUGGCAUGUAAAGAUCACUGUGAAGGACAUUGCAGAGAAAACCUAACAUGUCAUCACGUGACGGGUAGAUGUGAGGGCGGUUGUGCAGAUGGAUGGAUUGGGAGAUUAUGUGAUGAACCAUGUAAAGGUGGCUUUUACGGUCCAGACUGUGUCCAUAACUGCAGUGGUCACUGUCUGAAUGACACUUACUGUAGCAGAGAAACUGGUUACUGUGACAACGGUUGUAGUCCGGGAUAUACAGGGGAUUUUUGUCAAAAUCAUGUCCUACAGGAUUCUAUGGAGAUAAUUGCCAUGGAAAGUGCAGUGAAAAUUGUAAUAAUAAAAGAUGCGACCGUUUGGAUGGAACAUGUUUAG